ACUAGUGCUUCGCUCAUAGUUGGCAACAGGCUUCCGCCGCGGUUUGUUAAUAUUUUUGCAAUAAUGAACUGACUCCGUUUGACUUGGGGGGGGGGUCUUAAGCAUGCACGAUGGAUAAAUGCGGAUUAAGGAGAUUUUUCAUAACGCUCCUCUUGCUUGACAUUGGAAGAAGCACAACUGUUCGAGGCGAAGCUGGGGCAGGAAAAGUUGUCUGGGAAAAAUGGAGCCAUGAUUAUAUAAAGAACAGCAAACGUUUUCUCUCGGACACCUUUCCGAAAGACUUCAUGUGGGGCGUGGGGAGCUCCGCGUUUCAGAUUGAAGGAGCUUGGAAAAAGGAUGGGAAAGGGCCUUCGGUCUGGGAUCGCUUCACCCACAGGGAAUUCUCCAGAUUCUCCAACACCACUGCGGACAUCUCCAGUAACAGCUAUAUCUUCUUUGACAAGGACUUGGCGGCUCUAGAAUUUCUGGGUGUUUCUUAUUACCUCUUCUCCAUCUCAUGGCCCCGGUUAUUUCCAAACGGAAAGGUGGAAUCAGUCAACAGCAAGGGUUUUCAGUACUACAAUACACUCAUCGACUCCCUGAUAGAGAGAAAAAUUAUACCCAUCGUCACCCUCUACCACUGGGACCUGCCUUUCGCACUGCAGGAACAAUACGGAGGCUGGACGAACGAGGCUAUGAUUGGCAUCUUUAACGAAUACGCGAAAUUCUGCUUUCAGACUUUUGGGAAUCGCGUUAAAUAUUGGAUCACAAUCCACAAUCCUUUCCUGAUUGCCUGGCAUGGAUACAGAACUGGAAACUAUCCCCCAGGAGAGAAAGACAAUCUUGCAGCUAUGUAUACUGUGGGUCACAACAUGAUUAAGGCACAUGCAAACACCUGGCACACUUAUGAGAAGGAAUUUCGCAAAUCACAGAGAGGUUUUGUGUCCAUAGUUUUGGGUUCUCAUUGGAUUAAACCAAAGAGUGAAAACUAUAACUACAAAAAAUUCCAGCAGUCUAUGGACAUAAUGCUUGGGUGGUUUGCCAAACCAAUCUUUGUAGACGGUGACUAUCCUGAGAGCUUGAAAAGACAAACCAAUCCUUCUCUGCCUAAGUUCACCGAAAAAGAAAAGUGCCUCAUCAAUGGAACAGCCGAUUUCUUUGCAUUCUCCUUUGGGCCAAAUAACUUUCGAUUCCUGGAAGAUACUCUCAAACAUGGAGAUCAUUUAUCGCUCCACCUUGGACAAGUCUUGAACUGGAUAAAAAUGGAAUACAAUAACCCCAAGAUUCUUAUUGCAGAGAAUGGAUGGUUUUCUGAUAAUAGUGUUAAAACAGAAGACACGGUUGCUAUUUACCUUAUGAAAAAGUUUAUAAAGGAGCUAUUAAAAGCGAUCCGCUUUGAUGGAGUCAACGUGUUUGGAUAUACCGCCUGGUCUCUCCUGGAUGGCUUUGAAUGGCAGCUCGGCUACACCGUGGCACGGGGAUUGUUCUAUGUGGAUUUCAGCAGCAAAAACAAAUCCAGGAUUGCGAAAUCUUCCGCUCAGUUCUAUAAACAAAUUAUAGAACAGAAUGGAUUCCCAGAGAAUGAGGUUAGCCGCAGCGUAAAUGGACAGUUCCCGUGUGACUUCUCCUGGGGAAUUGCGGACACGGCGCUGCCGGUGAAUAAAGCGAGCUUUUCUCUCGAGUUUGUUGAUCGCAACCUUUACAUUUGGAACUGCAGUGGAGAUCAGAAGCUUUACAAAGUCGCUGGAGUGACCAUGUGGCCCCGUCCAGUUCAAUGCACUGACUUCAGCAACUUCAAGCGGCACGUGGCGCUGGUGAGAAGGAUGAAUGUGACUCAUUACAGUUUCGCCUUCAAGUGGUCCCAGAUAUUACCUCGCGGUGACUUGUCCAGUGUAAACAGGAGCAUUCUGAGUUACUACCGCUGUAUCAUUAGUGAACUCUUAAAACUGAAUAUUGCGUGCACCGUCACAUUGUAUCAUCCGACCUACCGUGAUGUUGAUGUACCCAAACCGCUGCUGAGUGAGGGAGGGUGGCUGAAUAAACGGACAGCUAUGGCUUUCAACGAUUAUGCAAAGUUAUGCUUUCAAGAAUUCGGUGAUUUGGUUAAAGUGUGGCUCACAAUGAAUGAACCGAAUAUAAAUGUUCAGAGAAGCUACGAUACUUACAAGGCAGCUCACAACAUGCUCAUCGCUCACGCCCUGGCUUGGAACACGUACAACAGGGACUACAAGGAUAAGUAUCUUGGCCUCGUGUCUCUGACACUGCGCGCUGACUGGACGGAGCCAGCAAACCCUUUCCUUGAAUCGCACCGACAAGCUGCCGAGAGACUCCUGCAGUUCCAGAUAGCCUGGUUUGCCGACCCCAUUUUUAAAACUGGUGACUACCCACUUACAAUGAGAAAUUAUAUCCUGGCAAAAAACAGAAAAAAUCUCACGCGAUCACGUUUGCCACGUUUCACCGACGAAGAAAAACAGAUGAUUAGGGGAAGUGCAGAUUUUUUUGCUAUGAGCCAUUUUACCACAAGAUUGGUUUUACACAAGCCGAACUUUGGCACCAGGCAUGAAAUGGAUCACGAUGGGAGCUUAUUGAGAGAUGUAACUUUGCCGACAUUCCCAGCCCCUUCCCAUUCGUCCUUUCCUUUCCCCUCCCGCCGCCAAAAUCAUUCCGAGAUGGCGGUCUCACCGUCGGGGAUACGUAAGGUUUUGAAAUGGAUCAAAUCUCGCUAUGGAAAUUUGGACAUUUUUAUCACGGCAAACGGAGUUUGGGACAAUGCCGCCGUCAGUGAUGACCUUCGAAUAUAUUACCAUAAGCAUUAUAUUAAUGAAGUAUUGAAAGCGCAUCUCCUUGACCAAGUUAAUGUCAAAGGAUAUUUUGCUUUGAAACUAAAGGAUAAGAAUUCAAAUAAGCAUCCCUCGAGAUCCCUCAAUGCUUCUGAACCAAAGACUUCAUUAGAAUUUUACCACAAACUCAUCGGUGCCAAUGGCUUUCCCUUGGGAUCAGCUGGUAAUCAAUGCGCCACCGAGCAUGACGGGUCGGUGCAAUGCCCCGUUUGUACGUUUAUAAGAGAGAAAAAAGUAUUUAUAUUUUUAGGAUUCUGUUUCCUGCUUAUUACAGUGCUGUUAGCUGCGAUUAUAAUCGUACACAGAAGAAAAUAAAACAUGGGAGUCCUAAACCUGCAAAUUCACGGAAGUAUUCCCUGGCUUUGCAGUUCAUACGACUGGAAGGAUAGCUUUAGCUGGCUGGAAACCAUUUUCUCCCUGUAUUUCCAAUGCAAGAACCGUUGCAAAAAUUAAAGGCAACGUGGAAAAGACUAAGGACCAUGAAUCGUCACCAUCAGCUCAUUCCAGUUUUUGGAUGCUUCUGAUUUCUGAACAGGAGAUAAAUUUUGUGGAGUAUUUUAUGCGCAUUUUUAGAGCGUUUCAGCGAGGACUUUUGAUAAAAUGUCAUUACCUUGUAACUUAUUUACAAACUUUUCAGAUCUGGAAUCACGUGCACUAAGCAUUUACAAUGCAUUCAUUUUGGAAAAAAGUUUGGCUAGGACUGCACAGCCAGAAUCUGAAGAGGGGAAAAAAAUGUAUUUUUCAGCAGACACGCAUAGCAAAGAAGACUGAAAACAUCCAAUCACGUGACAAUCUUUGGCGCAAUGUGCACUGGCUAAUAAAGAUGAAGUGUUUCGGGAUGGUUAAUACUACUCUAUCAGAAAUGGACAAGCGCCAACUGUGUCCACAUACUGAUCAUAAAGAUUACAUUGUUUAAUAUAAUAUAGACGAAGAAAAUAAAGAAAUGUGGAGAUUAUGGUGACCUGCCAGAAUCUACACACGAAGUAAACGAUCAUACUCUGUUUCUCUGCAAAAUACACGCUUUAAAAUGCUUUUAUCCUAGACAGAACUUAAUUUCAAUUCCCCACAGCCCCAAAUACAACGCGCAGGUUUUACGUUUUAUGUAAGACGGUGAGAAUUCCGAGUCAGCUAGCAAUGAAUGGGAUAUUAAACUGCA